UGUGUGUGUGCGUGAAUAUAAGGAAAAAUAUAUUUUAUUAACGGCAGUGGAGAAGAUUGCAGCGCCGCUCACUCAAAGGAGGAACACACGGCACAGUACGGAACACUUACUUUGGUUUUGGUAGUGUAAUGGCAAAAGUUACGGGUAACGGUAACGGCGUCGGAGUCCGACAUAAUAUUGGAGUCUGAGUGCGAGUCGGUGACGCUGACAGUGCCACACAAAACGAUUUUUAAGGCAAAGUGUGAGAAAUUGUUGUGCACAAAAAAAAAAAGAAAAAUAAAAAAUAAAAAGCAAACGAAGAAAAAAUACUGAUAAAGAAACGCCAUUGGGUGGGACGCAACGCUUCUGGCGAGUGUGGAAACCUGCCGAACGGGCUUAAAUACUUGUAAAUAAAAGAUUUGUUUGCAUAUUUUUUCACUUGGUUUGGCAAAGCAGAAUGAAAUAAAUUUUAAAGUGCGUACAAUUUCAGCAGCGUCGACGACGAAUGCAAAGGAAUUGUAACGAAUUUAUUGAAGUGUAAAAUUCACAGGCGUGUGAGGACGGCGACAAGCCACAAACAUGUCUUUGGCGAUGUUGUUUGUGACGGCCGGUAUUUGUAGUAGUAGCAGCAUUGCAGCGAACAUUUCAUUUCAGCAAUGGCAUCAUUAACACCGUCUUCAAAUGUCGAAACAUAUGAAGAUAUGUUCAAAGAAAUCACAAGAAAAUUAUAUGGGGAAGAGACAGGAAAUGGGCUACAUACGCUGGGCACACCGGUUGCGCAGGUGGCAACCACUGGGCCCACAGCACCCGAGGGCGAGCGCUCAUUCACUAAUCUGCAAAUCGAUCGCAGCGCUGCACCCACCAUCGAAUAUGAGAAUAAUGCCGUCGUUGCCAGUGGUUCGACCAAUGUAGCAGCAACAGCUGCUGGCGCUACAAAUGUUGUAAUCCAACAACAACCCGAGGGUUCUGUGGUGGUGGCAACGACAAGCGGCAGUUUCGGCAAAUCGGAUGAUCAUUUGAGUACGGCAUUUGGGCUGGCGGCGCUAAUGCAGAAUGGUUUUACUACCACCACCGCUACUGGCACUGGUGGCGGCGCAGACCAACAACAACAACAGCAUCAACAGCAACAACAACAGCAGACACAAAUCGUACAGUGGACAACACCAACGGCAACAGGUGGUAAAUUGCAAAGCUAUACGACUGCUACUCAACAACAGCAACAUCAACAGCAGCAGCAGCAACAGCAACAACAACAGCUGCAGCCACAACCUGGUACAUCUAAGUCAAAAUCCAAAAAUCGCAACGACUCCACCACCGAAAUAAUUUACACUAGUCCCACAACCUCCGGCAACACCAUGAACACCGGCCAGGCCCAACAACAAGCGGCACCCACACCAUCGAAUGGCAUUGCCACCGGUGCAGCCAAUGCUGCUCGUGGCAGAACUAGUCGCAGACGGUCCAACGGCCACCAAAAUUGCGACAAUAGCAACAAUAAUGGCGUCGUAGCACUACGUAAACGUUACGCCUGCUCUCACUGUUCCUACUCCACCGAUCGACGAGAUCUCUACACUCGCCACGAGAACAUACACAAAGAGGACAAGCCCUUCCAGUGUUACGCUUGCAUGAAGCAAUUCAAUCGGGCCGAUCAUGUGAAGAAACAUUUUCUGCGCAUGCAUCGCGAACUGGAAUACGACAUCAAUAAGACUCGACGUCCCGCAUCCUCAAGUACGUCCAACAAUGGCGGCGUCGGUAGCAAUCAUCAUGCCGCCGUGCGUGUCAAUGUCGCUUUACCGGCGAUAAACAAUCAACAGGUAAACAUUCCGAACGCCGGUUGUGGCUCACCCGAGCAGAAGCCCAACAUCAUAUUCCAGGGCGCGAUCGUACAACAAAAUGCAUUCAUGGAGGCGCAACGUCAGCCCACUUCAUCUAUUAUGAGUAUUGCCGAGACUAUUGAAGCAGUGGCAACGGCUGCUGAUGCGCCAUUGCCUCAACUCAAACAAGAGAAGCAGGAUGACAUCGGCGCCAGUGGCAGUGGCAAUGGUGGCAUUAUUGGCAACUCUGGCGCUGCUAGUGGCAGUAUUAAGCCGAAACGCGAGAAACGAUUCAACUGCGAGUUCUGCCCGUGGUCCGGUGCCGAUAGAUGGGGCUUAAAGCGGCACGUGAAUACGCACACAAAACCGUUUGUCUGUUUGUUGUGCGACUAUAAGGCCGCGCGCUCCGAACGCUUGGCCACGCACGUGCUGAAGGUGCACGACAAACGUGUCUGCAAUAAGUGCUCCUUCCUCGGCGACACGCAGGAGGAGUUCCAGGCGCACGUCAACGAAGUGCAUCCCAGCGAUACGCGGUCGGCGCGAGGCAAUCUAAAUCCAACUAAUCACUUAAGUAACGGCAUUGCGUCCAAUUCGAAUUCGAGCUCGGACGUUUUGCGUACAAUUGGCAACACUUUAAUAACGAAUAACUCAAGUGUAAAUAUGUUUCCAAAUUCGAGUGUGGCAUACUGUCACACAACUCAUAGUGGUGGCGGUGGCGGCGGCUCAUCCACUUCCAGUAAUCAUGGCGGCAACGUUGGUGGUGGUGGUUCGGUUACCAUUUACACCACAACAACAACGAAUGAUAAUGGCAGCGGUAAUGUGACCGGCGGUCCACUACAGGAAAUCAUUGUAAAUCCCACUUCGAUGGUGGGUUGGCGCCUAAGUGCCAAUGGUUCACUAAUACCGCCACACGAUCUACUAACGGGCGGUUUGCCCAAUGCAGCCGCACAAAAACGCGGCUCGGAACGAUUAUUUCAAUAUCUUGAGGCCGACGGAAGUGAUCCGGAAGACUAUGCGCGUCUACUAAAAAUGGACGCCAUUAGUCGCAACACCGCUUCAGUCGCUCAGGAUUUUCCUAAGGCGGGAGGCGUGCACGAGUUGAAAAUUCCAGCUAAUCAUCAACUCCUGUUCAAUAAUAAACUGCCUUCAUCACAAUGGACGACCAAAGAGGCUGCGACGCUAGUCCCUUCCCUAAGUAACAACACCACCUAUGCUAACAACUAUCAACAUCUUCUGCAGCAGCAGCAGCAACAGGAGCUCCGUAUUAAUUAUAACCAGCAACAAAUGCACAACAUCAACGGUCAAAUGCGUCAGCGUCAGUAUUCGACCGGCGAAGACGAUGAGUGUACACCAUCGUCCGCCUCGUCGACAUCGUCGAGUGAUUAUAUCACAUCGCCGUUAAAAAUUGAUGGCAAGCGACGUUCAGCUGGUUCAACAACAGCAAUGCACCAACGCAGCAGAAGCAGCAAGAGCAGCAGAAAAAACAACAGCAGCGGUAUGGGGAACAGUGAGCAGAGACAGGCGAUAUCGGCAUUCUGGAGCGGAAAUUUCGAUUCUCCUGAAACAUCAGGAUCAGUAAUCGGAAUCAUGGCAGCAGCAGCGGCUAAUCACAAGCGUAAAAACCAGCCACUCUGGGGCAACGAUGAAAAUCGAGAGCAGCUUAUUAGAUCGCCUCCCGCGAAUAACAAUAAUCACAACAAACCAAUAAACUACCAGAAGAACAACAACCCACAGACGAAGAGACGCGAAUAUCGUCGUGAAAUGAUCGAUAAUUUGCGCAACAACAUCGCAAACAAAGAGAAUAACAAACAAAAUGCUGCCACACUCCUCGCCGCUCUGGAAUAUCAGAAUCUGAAUAAAGUCAACUCCGCAAUAGAAAAUUAUGUUAAAGACAUGAUCAACAAAUAUUAUACCGAGACGUCUAUGCCGAUGGCUGCCGAAAUGGCACAUGAGAGACAACCGACACCAGAACCACAACCGCCACAGCAACCCUUACCAAAGCGAUGCAAUCGCCUGCGUAGCGAGACCGAGGGUUGCAUCGAGUUUUUGCUCAAUAAAGACGACAUAACCCUAACUAUCACACCAAAAGCGUCUGCCGGCAAUGCUUCCCCGUCGAGUCCCAUGCGUUCGCCGCUAAUAAUACCACCGCCCGCAGUGACCCUAGCACCAAUCAUACCCGCCCGGCCACCAACAAUGCAGCAGCAGCAACAACCAAUGCACCAGCCACAACCAAUACGCCAGCAACAAUCAAUGCACCAACAGCAACCAAUGCACCAACAGCAACCAAUGCAGCAGCCACAACCGCAGCCAGCCUUUUCACAAAUAGCUACACUAUUGCCAUUAUUGGCGGAUGCUGCUUGCCAGCAGCAGUACCUCACUGCGCCUCUGGACUUUAGCAAAAAUUCUACGUACGACAUGCCACCACUCAUUCCGAACAUACACCCGCCCAUUUCCGUGCCCAAGUCGAAGACAUAUGAAUUUUUCCCCACGCCAGAAGCGACAGUGAUGCCAAAGGCAGCACAGGUUUCGGUCAUCCAACCAGUACCCACACCCCUACCCGUUCAACAACAACAACAACUAAAAACUGCUGGCGGAGGCCAGAACAGCCAAGACAAGCGCUCGUCACGCAAGCAGGCACAGCCUAAGAAAAUACGCGCCCCGCCGGAGGUUAUAGUGGCCAUGCUGCGCGACAAGUACUUGAAUCGCAUGGUCGAUAAGAAGCUGAGCUGCCGUACGUGCGCCCAAGACAAGCGGCGCGCUGCCACAAUGCUCGUAUUCAACUAUCACACGAACGGGUCAUUAGCGCUACACAAAUACUGGAAGCAUUGUGCCAAGCAGCAAAGCUGUCGUUAUUGCAAGCAGGCGUUCGGGCAGCGCACCAGUUUGAUGUUGCACUAUUGGCGUAGGCAUGAUGACGUAAUGCAGAGCAAACGGCGAAGUGGUGUGAAGGAGAUGGACAAAAAGCUGAAGAAGACGCCGAAGAGGGGAAUGAAGAAGCAUACUAAGCAGACGAAAAAGGCCCAGAAAGCAGGGUUGAGAGCAUAGAGUGGGGUAGGAAAUCAAAGAUUUCACACAUACGUAGGUGAAUUAUUUGAGUCAACUGUACAAAUUAAAAAUUUAAUACAGUUAGUGGGGGCAUAAAGUGUAGUUGAAGUGGAGACGUCUGUAGAUGAAUUGUGUUGCUUAAUUUGAAUAUUUUAAACUAAAAUGAUAUUCGCGGGCAAAGUAAAUUGCACAAAAAUGAAUGAGAAUUUAACACAUUGAGCGCCAUGCAACACGGCACUUUGUACGACACCCAAUAUUUUCUAUGGUGCGCAUACAAAAGUCGUGCGCUUUCAUGCUACUCAAAAAAGUUUGGUCUAAUUUUCACACCGCUAUGAUGAUCUUCACCAUUCUUGUUCGGCUAUACAAGACAAAACGGGGACCUGAGAGCGCUCAGAAAUCAAUUUAUGCUACAGUCAAACUUCUAUAACUCGAAUCACCCAUACGCAAAUAAUAUUUUCCACUUAUGAAGACUUCGGUAAUACUCGUAGAAAUGAAACUUUACACAAAGGAAAAAUGUAAAAAAUAAAUAAAUCAGUUACAUAAGGGCUUCACUCAAGAAAACAAAAUAAAAACAUACAUUAUUUAGGAUUCUUAGGAUUCUUCGACUUAGUGAAGCCUGUGCCAAGACUCUUAUUCGCGUUAUGGAACUAAAAUUGAAUGUCAUUCGAUUUAGUUCGAGUUAUAGAAAACUCGAGUUGUAGAAGUUCGGGUUAUCAAAGUUUGACUGUACUUCCACAGCGCGUUCUAACCAAAACCAACCUACUUUCUGGCUUUCAGACAAUACUAAAAGUAACCGCCUUCCGUCCUUGAGGUUUAGCACACUAGACAGAGCUACAUAUUUUACUGGGCCUAUCGCCCGUCCGUACAUCCGCUUGUGUGAACCCCAGUGCGUAGAUGAAACAAACUUUUUUCUUCCAAUAACGGUCGUCACACACGCGCUCCCUCCGCUAACUCCGAGUGAAUUUCUGUUAUGAUAAAACUUAUCUUCUCAUCGAAACGACCAUCUGACUUUCGGAGGCGGACAAAAAUUGUAGUGGUUCGAGAUUCAGUUUGGCCCAAACGAGAAACUGCUGCUAUCCAUUUUUGUGCGCUUAAAUGAUAACUGGCAACACGAAAACGUCCCUGCGCCUAAAAUAGUACAUACAAUACGUUUUGUUCCGUGUACGCCAACCUGUAUAUUGAAAAAAUAAGAAUUUUUAAUUCUAGUUUUCAUUUUGCUUUCGCACCAGACAUCCACGACUAGUAAAUGAAACUCUUUUUUGAAUGGCAACUUUGGCUCUGCCUGGGUUUUGCUUUUGUGCCAUGUUAAAACCCUUCUCAAGAAGGUUUGCGAAACAUUGCUGGAUGUGACAAUUUUUAACGGUUUAUUGAGCCAAGCCAGCGUUCCAAUAUGGCUGCAGUGUGAGAUUUGUGAAAAAAACGCCUGGUUUAAACAUUCCAUAACGGGUUUUGGCGUGCAGUGCUAGCGUGAUUGCAUACAUAGAUCCGUUAUACACAUGCAUAGAACCGUAGGUUGUUUUUUUAUUUUUUCAUAUGCAUUUUCAUAUUUUUCUCAAAAAUUUCACAUUCAAAUUGAAAAAAUUUAUUUUCACUUAAAUUUUUUUUUUUUUUUUUUUUUAAUUUAUUUAGUAGGCGUGAAACUCGUAAGUUAAGCGCUAAUGAAAGCACUUUCGCUCAUGAAAGGUAAUAUAAAUAUGUACAUCUGGGCCGCAUACAAAUUUUACGAGCUUUAAAUAUUUAAAAAACAAAAAAAUCUGGGUCCCACUCAAAUUUUACGAACUAUAAACAUUUAAAAAACAAAAAAUUCUGUGCCCCAUACAAAUUUUAAGAGCAUAAAAAUUUAAAGGCAAAAAAUUUGAAAUAUUUAACUUUCAAAAAUUUUGCGACAAUUUCAAUUCAAGCCGAAAGUUGCUUGAAAAACUGCUGCUCUCCAUUUUUGCGCGCUUAAAUGCCAACUUGCAACGCGAAAACGCCCCUGCGCCUAAAAUAACACAUUUCACGUUUCGUUCUGCUUUGCGAGAUGGCACACAAAAAAUUCCUUACAUUUAAAUGCUAACUACAAACAUUUCCAAAAAACAAAAACAAAAACAAUGUAACUGAACUUGCAUACUUGAAAUAAAUUACUUACAAAAGUGAGCGCAGACUGUGCUUUGAAAAUGCGAAUAAAAGACAGAAGCCGGGAAGACAGAAAACGGCAGAAGAAAGGACGAAAGUCACUCGAAUGAAAUUUUCUACAUCAAAAUAUGAAUUCAUAUAUAUAGUUAAUUAUGCAAUUUUCAGUAAUUUCAUUUUCAUUUUUUUGUUUAAUUUUAAAUUUACACUAAAUAUACGUAUUUAAGUUUCUUACUUUUAAGUUAUAAAGUACCUGAAAUAAUUUUUCUUUGAAAACUUAAAGGAAAAGAAGUAAAACUGCGAAACUGCAGCUCAGCUUAAAUUAAUAUUCAUUAUAUACUCCUAUAUGUUAAAUUUUAAAUAAUCUACAAUAUUGUAUUGUAUUUUAUUGUAUUUGGCGCCAUCCAAAUGAAGUCGUAAAAACGCAUAAUGCAGUUAGCAACUAAAUACACACACACUCCCUCCCAUACGCGCGCAUGCAACAGGCACGUUCGGCUGCAUGUGUGUGUUUAGGCGGUGUUUACACGAAGCUUUAAGUUGCUAAUUUCGUUGAAAAACAAAAAGCAAAUUAUAACAGAAAUAUUUAUAAACUUUAGUGGAAGUGUUAGCCUCGUUGAGUGGCUAAUUUUUGUGAGAAUUUAUUUAAUUUUUGUGGGGCGAAGAGAAAACAAAUUAAAUACAAUGAAUUUAGUUUGCCAUUUGUUAAAAAACAAAAAUACCAAAACAUAAGAAUCACACACAUACACACGCAUAACAAAAAGUACUUACAUAAAGUACUUUCUUUACUACACAAAAACUAAAAAACAAAAAAAAAAACGAAAAAAUGCGACUAAAAUAA